CCUCGGAGGGGAGGCGGCGGCGGCGGCGCUGUCGUCGUCGCGGGAGAGUGAUUGCUCGGUCAGAGCGAACUCUCGAGCCCAGAAGUCGCCUGGCUGGCAGCUCAAAGCAGCAGCAAACAAGCCUGGUGUCUCUCUCCCAGGACUUUCUUGCAGCAGAAGAACUGCCUGGAGUGUGUGGGAAGUUGCUGCAGUACAGACAGAAAGUGGCAGCAGCCUUUCUCCUGAGGCAGUGGGGACCUCCGCUCAUCCUGCCCCUCUCCCGGCUGGAGAGGUGGGCGAUGGCCGGCUCUGGACAGCUUGCACUCCUUCUGACAGUGUCUCUCCAAUCCCUUUUGCAGCCUGCAUUGGGUCAGGGUACCUCCGCUGACAGCAGCACAGUGGGACCGACGUCAGCGCCACCCCCUCCUUCCUAUGGCCUCUCGAAGGCAGAGCUGGAAGCUGCCAUAGCCGUGCCGUGUGUUUUUGGAGGCCUCCUGCUAAUUGGCCUCUUGGUCUUCAUGGGACUCAAAAUUCGGCAGAAGCGCCAGACAGAAGGGACCUACCAGCCCAGCAAUGAGGAGCAGGCAGGUACCCGUGUGGAACCUCACACCAACCUCAAACUGCCCCCGGAAGAGCGACUUAUCUGACAGAGGGAAAGGGGGUUCAGUUUUGGGGUCCCGGCUUGGAAAAAGCUGCUUAGCACACCGGACUGAAAAAGGGACUGAGAACAGACCUGCCGCUGUGAAGCUGGAGGGUUCCCUGCAUGGUCGGCAGCAUUCCAGGCUGGCUGGCUGGCUAUGAAUCGCUGUCGAUGGGAGAAGCCCCAAAUGCCAGAGGGAGGCCCUGGAGGCACCCCUGGAGCUGUGAUGGGUAGAGAGGCAAGAUGGGAGCCUGCCCUCCACACCCGGAAAGGAAAGGCCACCCUGACGCUGUGGGAACUGACCAUGCUGGUUGGUUCCCCUCUGUUUGCACUGUCCUCAAGGACAAGCCUGCUUCUUCCUAGAAUGGGACCCACGGGGACUGACUGUGCAGCCAGUAUGAAUGUUGGUCUUUCUGAAGAGGGAAGGAUGGUGGGUUGGGGUAGGAGGAGGGCGGCUGCUCUUGGCCGGACGGGUCUGCUCUGGGAUGGUCUUGCCUUUUAAGCGUGUUUUUAAAAACUAUGUUGUCCUGUGCCUUUAAGAAUGCCAGUGUUCAAUAAAAGCCAAUCUCCCUUUUAUGAUGAAGGAAAAAAUGGCACCAUUUGGUGGACCAGGGGGAGGUCUUAAUGCACUCGGUUGCUCAGUAGAAAGGUUAUUCUGAAACAGUUUAAAUGCAUAAACGGAGGGCAUCACCCACACCAAGUAAUAAAAUGAAGCAAACCUUAGAAGAUGUGAUCCAAUCUUAUUGUUUGGGUAAUCUAGAAAUCUUGCUGUGCCUCACACAUCUUAAGUGUGCUGUUUAUUCAUUUAUUA